UUCGAGCCAUGAGCGACACGCCUCCGGCCAACGCCACUUCGUCUCCGUCUCCCAUGUCCCCGGAGAAGGACGAGUCGCGUGGAACGAAGCGGCGUGUGGAUGAGGUUGUCGCGGGCGAAGCGUCGCAAGUCAAUGUGGCGCCGACGGAACUCUCGGAUGAGUUCCCGGAGCUGUUGCGGUUCUACUACUCGCGUCUCUUCCCCUUUGCCCCCUUUUUCGAGUGGCUCUCGUACGGCGAUGUCUCGGGCACGUCUGUGGCUGCGGCGACGGGGCUCGGCGCGGCCGGAGUGGGUGAGGCUGCGGCGGGCGGGCGUGGCGAUGGGAUGGGCCUGCAGGGCUCAUACGUCUCGCGGCGCGAGUUCUCGUUCACGCUCGAGGAUGACGUGUACAUCCGGUACCAGUCGUUUGCGUCUGCGGCGGAGCUCGAGGCGGAGAUCCGCAAGAAGCGGCCGUUCAAGAUCGACAUUGGGGCGGUGUACAACGCACCGCCCAAGGACCACAAGACGAUUCCUGCGGGCGCGUUCAAGCCGCUGGAGAAGGAGCUUGUGUUUGAUAUCGAUAUGACCGACUACGACGAGGUGCGGACGUGCUGCUCGGGAGCGGACAUCUGCACCAAGUGCUGGCCGUUUAUGACGAUUGCCAUCCGGGUGCUGGACACUGCGCUCCGCGAGGACUUUGGCUUUGAGCACCUGCUGUGGGUGUACUCUGGGCGGCGCGGGAUCCAUUGCUGGGUGUGCGAUCCGCGGGCGCGUGCGUUGUCGCAGAACGGGCGGUCUGCGGUUGCCGAGUACCUCAACCUCAUCCGCGGCUCGGAGGACUCUGGCCGCAAGGUCUUUGUCACCACGCCGAUGCAUCCAUCGGUGGAGCGGGCGGCGGCGGUGGUCGAAGAGUACUUUGAGGAGCUGGUGCUGGAGGAGCAGGGCAUGUUUGGCUGCGCAGAGCGGUGGGACAAGAUCCUCCCGCUCAUCUCGGACGAGUCGGCACGGGCCGGCAUCCGCAACGCGCUCAUCCAGCAGGACGGUGACAACGCGCUCGGGGUGUGGGAGGGCAUCAAGGACAUGUACGCGCAGAACAGCUACCGCAGCGCCGAUCUCACCGAGAUCAUGCUACAGUUCUGCUACCCGCGGCUGGACAUCCACGUCUCCAAGGGCCUCAACCAUCUGCUCAAGUCGCCGUUCUGCGUGCAUCCCAAGACCGGGCGCGUGUGUGUCCCGCUCGACCCCGCGCGCGUGGCCGACUUUUCGCCGUUUGACGUGCCCACCGUCUCGCAGCUCGCGGCCGAGCUGACCGAGGCGGCCAAGGCGCCGGCGCCCAGCGCCGACGAGCCGAGCCCGAUGGACGUUGCUUCGCAGUCGGGCCGCGCUUACAGUCUCACCUCGCUCAAGCCGUACUUUGGCUACUUUGAGAACGUCUUUCUCAAGUCGCUCCUCGCCUCGAUCCGCGAGAUCAAGCAGGAGGCUGCGAUCCGGGAGGGCGUCAUCGACUUUUGACGGCGGCGCUACCGGAAUUAAAACCACUAGGACACGG